UUUUUAUCGUACAAUUUAUGAACUUAAUUUUGUGUAAAGGACUACGUCAUUCAGCCGAUUGAGAAACGCUGCAAAACACGGGAAUUCGGCGGAUUAUGUAACGCACAGCACCGCGGGCGGUUGGCAUUUCCGCGAACAGCACACUGUGGCGCAUGCCAUACACGCCCUGUACCACGCAAUACUAAUGAUCUGGCACUUUCUGAUUGCUGCUCAUUGGCUCAAUCAACACUAGUCACAGUAGUGAAAAAUCCGCAAACAUUUCUUCCACGAGCUCUCCGUUUCCACGUUGUUUUCUCCUUUUCUCCGGAUUCCUUUUCAUUUCUCCAACGGUAGUUUUUAUUGGCAGUAUCUCUCCAACGUUUUCCACCGGAAAUCGUCGCAUAUAACUCGGAAUUUUGAAGUUAGGAGUUGGUUGAAGCAACCUGCGUGCGACGAGCUGCAUCGUCGAUCUUCCGCGUUUUCCUUCCCUACUUGUGUUAAGCAUGUCCUCGGCGGAUCAGCGUGAGGACGAUCAGCGCGCUCCGCCCGCGGACGACGCCGCCAUGUCCGCGGACGGCGCCGCGCCCGGGACGGCCAGUGAGCAGUGGAAACUGAAGAUCAAAACCCCUAGUCUGGAGAAAGAAGUCGAGGUGGAUCCCAACAGCACCGUGAAGACGGUGCGGGAGGCGGUGAGUGCGGUGUUCGAGCAGCCGUUCGAGCGGCUGUGUCUGGUGUACGGCGGGAAGAUCAUGAAGGACGAGGACACACUGCAGUCCUACGGCGUCCGCAACCACCAUUCCAUCCAUCUGGUCGUCCGCGUCCCGCAGCGCCCCGCCGCCCCCGCGACGGCCACCCACCCCGUCACGCCCACCUCCGGGACACCCACCGGCCAGCCGGCCAACACGCCUCCAGGCGCUCGACCGACCAAUCCGUCGGCCAACCCCCUGGGGGGUCUGCCCGGUAUGGCGGGGAUGUCGGGGAUGAACAUGGAGCAGUUGCUGGAUAAUCCGCUGAUCCAGAACAUGUUCAGCAAUCCCGACAUGAUCCGCAACGUGGUCAGCAGUAAUCCGCAGAUCCAGAACCUGGUGGAGCGCCAUCCGGAGCUGGGCCACGCCCUGAACAACCCCGACGUCAUCCGGCAGGCCAUGCAGGUCAUGCGCAAUCCCGCCAUGAUGCAGGAGAUGAUGCGCAACUACGACCGGGCGCUGUCCAAUCUGGAGAGCCUCCCGGGCGGGUUCAACGCGCUGCAGCGCUUCUACAAUGAUUACCAGGAGCCCAUGUACAACGCCAUGAACAACCAGAACCCCUUCGCCACGCUGCGCAACGAGCCCCCCAACACGGAAGCCCCGCGCGCCGAGAACACGGAGCCCCUGCCCAACCCCUGGGGCGGCGGGGGUGCCGGCGCGGCCCCCACCCCCGCCGCGGGCGGCGCCCCGCGCGCCCCCAACCCCUUCGCCGCGCUGGCGGGGGCCGGCGCCCCGGGGGGCAUGCAGGCCAUGAUGAACCAGCUGAGCGCCAAUCCGCAGUUGAUGGAGCGCGCGUUACAGAACAUGAACAACCCCGAAUACGUCCGCCUGGUCAGCGACCCCCGCGGGAUGACGGCGCUGCGCGAUCUAAACCAAUCCUACCGCACCCUCCACGAACUGGCGCCCACGCUGUUCCCCUUCAACCUGCCGUUUACCAUCCCCGGGCAACCCCCCGGGGCGGGCGCGGGGGGCGUGGGCCAAGGGUUAAACCUCCCGCCCGCGGCGGGCGGCGGCAACGCGAUGCUGGAGCAGAUGUUCCAGUCGAUGCUGCGAGCGCCCCCCGCCGGGGGUGGGGCGGCGGCGGGGGCGGCGCCUGUCCUCCCGCCCGAGGAGCGGUUCCGCAAUGAAUUGGUGACGUUGGAAUCGAUGGGGUUCACGGAUCGCGCCGCGAAUAUCCGCGCGCUGGAGGCGACGUUCGGCGAUGUGACGGCCGCCGUGGAGCGGCUGCUGCAGGGCGGGGCGUUCCCGCAAUAAAGGCUGAAGUGUCCGCGUGAUUUUUCGGAAUUUUUGCGGAAUAUUUGCAGAUUUUUUCGGAAUAUUUGCGGAUUUUUUUCGUGUUGCGGCGGUUUAAUUCCCAAGGUGCGGCGUGGAUGCGGAUUAUUUAUAGUUUGGCGCGCUUACUGACAUGUUUUUUUGAUUUUUGUGGCGAAUGGUUUGUGGAUGUUUUUUCUUUACUCACUCUUUCUUUUUUUUGCUGUUAAUGCGCACUGCACCUUUAAAUUACGAGUAUAAAAAUUGGAAAAAAAUCGUACGAAGUUAAAUUGAAUAAAAUCAAAAUAAACCCCGAAAAA